AUGUCUUUCGCUGCCCAAACCACCUCCGCCACCUCCGCCGCCACCGUCCGCAUCUUUCUCGUCGACUCGACCGACGGCCAACCAAAGUUCUUGACGGAGAUGCCGCGCGACAAGCUGCAACUGCACUCCCGCGGCUUCGACUGCUUUCUCUCUUCUGUCUCGGUCGCCAACGAGCAGACGCGAGACAUCACGCUGCCAUACGGCUCCUCCGCGGCAUUGAAAUUCGUUCUGGAAGCAAUCCGCAACAAGAAAUCCGGCCCCGUUGAGCAGUUCUACCUCAACGUCACGAAGUUCACCAAGGCACAAAACGUGCGAACCUGGGAAGCCUGCCAAAUCUUGUCCAUCGAGCCAACGACCGUACAAGAACGCCUCGCUGGCAAACUCGCCUGGGAUCUGAGUCACGACCCCAAGACGACCGCCACUGACCUCCAAGAGGCGUGGCACGUGUUCUCGCGGUUCGAUGGCAUUCCACCCACAUUCAAGGUCGACCCUCUUGCUUCUGUGAUACAUCAAUUCUGCUGGGACAAGGUGCACGACCAGUACGAGGAAGCGGAGGCCAACGCAAUACUGGAGCGAUGCCGGGCGACGAGUGGCGCUCUGGAUCAACGAGUGAGGGUCAGGCUGGCGGAGUUGGUGGAGAAGAAGAGAAUUCGCGAUGAGCAUCGCGUGAAAAACCGGCUGGACAAGGAGGAGAGAAAGAGAAAGGGCGAGGAGAGGGCACGGCGGCAGCAGGGUGGGUGGAAGUGA